AUGGGUUGUUGCAUCAGCAAGUUCCCUCCCAAGGCUAAGAAAUUCAAACAAGAAGAAGAAGAAGAAGAAGAAUACAGUUAUGUUCAGGACAAGCUCGUUGUCUCGCAUUACCAGAGCAAAGCUUGUCCGGUCCCUAUUCCGGAGAAGAAACAGUUCGUCCCUAUCCCGGAUAAGGUUUUCCAUAUCCAUAUCAAGGAUAACUCUACCCCUCCUCCUCCAAAGCUCUCGCCUUUAUCUCCGACGCAGACUUCCACCACAAGUAACACCUCUCUCUCCUCAUCAACCUCGUCUCUUUCCACCUCGUCCUCUGUCUCUGUCUCGAAAACCCGAUCUUUCUCCAACGAGUUCUUGCAAUCUUGUCGUCGUCAUAAUCCUCACGUUGUCCGGAUCAAUUCCUUGAGGGAAGCUUCUCUCUCUCUGAAAUCUUCGAAACCAGCCACUCCUACUCGUUCUAGCUCUCCGGCUAGAUCAGUUAAACGGUACCCGUCAACACCAAACCGGUCGAACCCUAAUUCGAAAAAGGGAGGUGAAGAAGGAUCUCCAUUGCGGAACAGAAGAAUCAGGGCGAAUUCACCAAACCCUCCUCGUCCAUUGACGCGGCAAAAAAGCUUCCGUGAGGAACACGAAAGGGUUAUGUCUACGAAAAGCGGCAGAUUCUUGAAGUCGCCAUCUCCGAGUAGGAGAUUUGGAAUGGCUGGUUCGAGGGUAAACACUAUUUCUUGUUCCGAAAGACCAGAGAGUUUGGAUCUGCAGAGUUCGAAGUCGCAUCUGAGAAACAGAUCAGAGACAAAGAUUCAUCGUAUAGAUCCUGAGAUCGACGAAGACAAGGUUGAAGAAGUGACUGCAGUUUCUGCGGAGGAUAUCGAAAAUCCUGUGAUUUCCUUAGAAUGUUUCAUUUUUCUGUAA